GCAGAGUCAGGAUUAGAUUCUUCUGACUCCCAGACCCACGCUCUAUCCACUAAGCCAAGGCGCUUCCCUGUUUCCUCUGAAGCGUAUGACACCAGACCUGAUAGAGCAGCCUGGUUUAAAAGGCUCCGGGCCCUUUCAGUCCCAGAGCCCAAAAACAGAGCCCGGCUUUAGUGGGGCCUUGAUGAUCUCAGGACAUCGGUAGGAGGGAGGAUGCAGGAGGCAUCUAUUCUCGGGGGGCCGUCGUUCCAUCUUCCCUCGGGGUUGGCCUGGCGGGACCCGGAGGGUGGAGAGCCAGAGCCCCUGUGCAAAUCCCGGCUCCCAGUGGAGGGAAGGGGCGGAACCCACCCCUUUCCAGGAACCCCAAAUAACUCGUUCUCUUGGUUUCUAGUUCUGAGGAUGUUGGAGAUGUGUGACCAAAAUCUCAAGGAAAUUCUGCAUCUCCUGAGAAGAUGACCCACUGAUUCUUUAUCGUUCCCUGGGCCCUCGCCCAGGCUCUGAAAAUACCCAGGGUGGAAGACAGGGAGCCGGAGGAGAGGGGGACUGUGGCGGGGCAGAGUGAGGCACGACCCGGACACGGCGUCCGAGGAAUCGGACUGCACCAUCUGCCGGCGCCGUAGUGAAAGAGCCCGGGGCCGGUCAGCGGAGGACGGCACUUCCCGCUCCAUGGACUCACCGCCCCUCGCCGGCAAGGAGACGGCGACUCGACCCCAAACGUCCGUUGGUGGAUGCAGGGGCUCAGAAAGUCACCCUCCCCGGGCGAGCAUUCCGGAGUCUAAAACUCACCCUCCCUGGGCGAGCGAUGAGGGGUCAAGAAGUCACCCUCCCCGGACGAGCGGUCUGGAGCCAGGAAGUCACCCUCCCCAGGAGACCGGUCCGGAGUCAGGACCUGACCUUCUCAAAGGGGGUCAACUGGCUCAGCUGAAGAAGGUUCAGCAGCUGCAAGAGCCAGUCUGCCUGCUCUCUGGCCAGAGGAGCUCAGAGGACUCACCUGAGAGAGUACUCAGGGUUGUGUACCCGGAACCGGAGGAGUCGUGGAUCGAGCCCCAGACCUCACCCCAGAUCCCUCACCCCCGCCGGACCUCAUUCCUCUUCCCCAGCGGACACGGCGCCCCGGGGCCUCUCGGCUCGGCGGAGCGCUCGGGGCAGACUACCACCACCCGCCCAGAUUGCCAGCAGAGAGGGGGCAAGGUGGACCCGGCGCCAUCUUCCCGGAGGGGAAUCACUCCGAAGGCCGCAACCCGGACACCCGCAAGAGCUCUGGGCCCAAGAGGGGAGAGCGGGUGGGCCCCUCGCCUGAUGCAGGGGCCGGUUCUCCCGGUCAAGAGAGCUCCGGCCUUUCCGCGGGGCCCCCGCCCGCCAGAGUAUCGGGCCACGGGGUGUGGGGCAUCACCGGCGGACCCCACAAAGGCCGCGCCCUGAGCCUCCCCGAUGGGAGAGAGACCGCGGAGGAACGUAUGGCCCCGUGGCACCCGCCGCACGGGAACGGGGUCGUCCCGUCCCUGGUGAACGGCGGGAGAGACGCCGGCGACACGCGCCCACUGGCCCCACCUCCCUCACCGGACCCCCCAGCUCUCUCCGGCCCCGGACAUCCGGUCCCCGCCGCGCCAACCUCCUCGCCUCCUCGUGCCUCACCACCGAAUCCCUGUAGCCCUGGAGGACUGUACAGGAGCGUGACCCGAGGACGCAGUCCAUCCCUGGAGGCGAGCCAGAGCACCGGAACACGGGAGACCCGAGGAAAACCCGCUAGGCCAGGCGGCCUGUCGGAGGAAUCCCCGGAGGCCCUGGGAUCGGCCUCGUGGCCGAGGCACGCCGCUUUCCACUCCGGUCUACUGGGCCGGCAUCCCCAGCGCCACCCAUGCAGCGGGCCGUGUGAGCAGAGGGCCGGCCCGCCCCGAUCGAUGCCUCCGAUGGGGCUCGGGGGAAGACGCCCUUCGAGCCCAUCCCAACCGCCAACCCUCCGGCGAAAUCCAUGGCGGGGCAACAUUCCCAGGAAUCCUCGGACAGGGAAGGACCCGGCAGAAAUGACGCGGGGGCCCCGGGCCCGAAGAGAGAGGGGCCGGGUCAUCCGAACUCCCGCCCCGCCAACUCAUCCCUCCCCCUGCCCGGGGCUGCAGGCGUCGCCGGGACCCCAGCCGCACCCCAGAGAGGGGAGAAGCACGCCAGCCAACACCACAGCGGACCCCUCGUGCCUGCACUGCCGUCCAAGGCCCGACCCCCUGCUCAGUCCGAUGGCCUUAGAGCUUAGAACCCGGGCCAGGUGUGGACCAGCAGGACACAUGUAUGACACCGGGGGAAGUUCCCGGGUGGGUACAGGCGUAGAUCGGCUCAAUCUCCAAGCAUCAGACCACGGAACCGGGUCCCACGGAUCUGCCGCGAGACGUCUCGGGGGAAGGGACGAAGCCGAGCUCCUCCUCGUCUCCGGCGAACACCGGGCCGUUCUCCCCCGAGGGUCUCUCGCCCCUGCGGGUGGGGUUCUCCAGUCUGCUGAGUCACGGGUCUCAACCCUCUCGAGCUCCGAAUCCCCCGAAGGACAUCUUCCCGGGACCUGGGCCGAAUCGGGCCGAGGACCCCUAAUCUGCAGGACGCUGAACUGUGAAUGGACCAGAACGCGGCUCGGGCUCAGGGGAAUGUGGCCUUCCCAUCCGAAAGACAGAGUCUGGAAGUGUUCAACGUCACUGUCUAUUAAAGGCAGUCAUCUCUCUGGGACAGGGCCGUGUCUUCCAUGUCCCCGGUCUGGGUCGCGGGGAAGCGCCGGAACUCGGGACCCACGGGCAGCCGGGUCCGAGAGCUUCUGCCCACUGCGGGGAGUGGGGUCCAUCUGUCACCCUCCUCGUGUGAGCGGGAGUGUGAGGCUGUGGAAAUCAGGCGUGGACAGUUGUGGGGACGGUCAGGGGUGACCCAGACCGAUCCCCGGGGCCUCAGCUGGAGUCGAGAAGCCGCACGGCCCAGUGGACAGGACGCGGGUUCUAAUCCCGGCUCCUCCGCUCAUCGCGGGGUGACUCU